AUGAAGGAAAACAGCCGGAGCGGUAGAUGGACCUUGCUGGGAGCCAAGCGAGCCAGGAGGCAGCUCGGGGAGCUCGGCCAGGCUGCACCCCUGCCUCUGCCCUGGGGCCCCCAGUCCUGGCCUCCCACUGAGACGCUGAGGUGUUCGGGUGCCAAGUCAGCCUCGGGCUCCGGCCAGGUGGGCUGUGGCUUUUCCCAGAAAUCGUCACGCUGUGCCAGUCUUCUCCUGGAAUCCACGCUGCCCACGGUGCCAGGCAGAGUCUGGCUCCGCUGCUCCGGCCGGCCUGCGUGGGGGCGGGCAGCGCAGGGGCCGAGGCCGCUGCACCCAGGCCCCCGGGUCGUCAGGACCCUCUCCUGA